AUGGCAGUUGUAAUUGCACUGGCAUUAUCUUUAUUAUUAACAAGCUACACAGGAGGUUUAGAGAAAAGAGAUUGGACUCAGGUGGAUCGACACACCAUCAUUGUCAAAGUGAUUUCCAUUCCUCUGAUUAGAAUUAGAGGCUACUGGUUUUUAAUUCCGUCUACUCCAAUCAGCGUAAAUGUCGCAAUAAACUGGAACGAAUUUAUAUCUGUACCACAUUCAGCCAAGAAACAGUUUUUUGGUUCAGGCGCAUAAGAGAAAAUUUAAAUCUCAAUUUUUAAACAUAUCAAGCUAGAGUUACUCUGACAAGUUCUCCUUGACAGGUUCUUUUGUAACCAGUUAGAAAAUAAGUUUUUUUGGCCUUGUGAAUACCGAAGGAUAGCGGUUUGACCAGUUCUCUUUAUAAUGACGUCAGCCUUUAUUUAACAAAAGUAAUUUUCUGAGUUGUUUUUUCCUUGUCGUGUUGUUACUGCACAAAGAGCAAGUCAUAACUCUUGAAUUUAGCGCUAUUGUAAAUUUUGGCAUUACAUUUUUAGCAAGAUGUCAUUAAAGCAAGAGCAGCUCGGAAGAUGACUGGUCAACAUUUUUCCUGUUUCUCUCUAAAUAGAUAGAAAAUAAAUUAACAAGUGGCCGAAUCGUGCACAAACGAAACGCACACUCAGAAAUUAUAUCACCACACAAAGGGACUAAAUGGGGACCACACUGCCAACAUAUUCAGUUAAUCUUAAAGGACUUUUAGGCCUCUGAAGCCCACUCGAUAAGACCGCCGUUAUGUAAUUUGGGUAGCUCUAUAUCCUAGUAAUGACGGUCAUAACUUCCCGCUUCGCAACGUCNGUUUUUUUGGCCUUGUGAAUACCGAAGGAUAGCGGUUUGACCAGUUCUCUUUAUAAUGACGUCAGCCUUUAUUUAACAAAAGUAAUUUUCUGAGUUGUUUUUUCCUUGUCGUGUUGUUACUGCACAAAGAGCAAGUCAUAACUCUUGAAUUUAGCGCUAUUGUAAAUUUUGGCAUUACAUUUUUAGCAAGAUGUCAUUAAAGCAAGAGCAGCUCGGAAGAUGACUGGUCAACAUUUUUCCUGUUUCUCUCUAAAUAGAUAGAAAAUAAAUUAACAAGUGGCCGAAUCGUGCACAAACGAAACGCACACUCAGAAAUUAUAUCACCACACAAAGGGACUAAAUGGGGACCACACUGCCAACAUAUUCAGUUAAUCUUAAAGGACUUUUAGGCCUCUGAAGCCCACUCGAUAAGACCGCCGUUAUGUAAUUUGGGUAGCUCUAUAUCCUAGUAAUGACGGUCAUAACUUCCCGCUUCGCAACGUCACAGAAUGGAAUAAAAUAUCACAAAGUUUAAUAAAUCUUUGGGAUUUCACUGAGAGUAGAGUUGCUUUAUGUUACCCAUAUUUCCAUGCGUUCUCGUCGUUAGGCUAACACCUUCAAUAGUAGGCAAGCUUUUGGUUAUGAUUUUCAAGUGACGACUUUCUCGAUGUCAGUCUAUUUCUUUCGUGAGCUAUACGCUUGACCAAGUACGCAAAAAAAAAACAGCCGUACGCUUCAGGCCUUUUUGCAAUAAAGUACUGUUUUUCUACUUCAUUGUUUUUGUCGAUAUAUCAUUCAAAAUAGAAUGGAAAUUCAACUAGCUUCUUCGCUCAUAGGUUGAGUCACUUCGUUCCUAAGUUAACAUGAACAACUUUGUUUAAAUCAAAACCACGUUACAAUAUUGACAGCACUUAGGGUUAUUCGCAAUAAUACUUAAAACUGUCUGUUAUUCAAUGAUGGUUGCUCCCAGAGGAGUUAACUUCUAAAAAGAGAUAAUAGUCUAAUAAACAAUUGCCCGGCUUUGCUUUGGCGUCAUGUUUACACCGCUAUCACUUUCGUAGGCGCGGAUCAUGGCGGGUUUGUAUUCGCCAUUGCGAACUAUGACUCGCUAAGAAACACUGAUCAGAUAUUGCAAUACUCUGAGAAAGAGCCGAUUAUAGCAAUAGUUCCUUCACCAUCGUGUGACAUACUAAUUAGCGCACAAGGUCCUAUAUUCACCAAACAAUUAGAUGAAUAUUGUAAAUUGGCGAUCAUAGCACUGCGGAUAUCAUGGUUACUUGUUUUGGAUGACUGUAAAUGUGAAGCACGUCCAGCAAGCAUAGGCCACUCAGGUAAGAAAAUUGUUAUAAAGCAAAAGUUCUAACAAACAUGCAUUCACUGAGGAAAUACGCCGCCGUGUACAAGAAACUGAACAACAAAAACAAGUUCUCGCCAUAUCCGCAUUCAAGUCAAAUAGCUUGAAACACUUCCCGCAAAUAUCAGCAGAGAUCACGAAACCAUGAAAUCUUUCAGUUUUUCAUCAUAAGAUUUAACAAAUGAAGAAGAAUCGUUAUGUAAUCAACAAAACAGACGGUUAAUCCGAGCAAUUAAUAGUGGUCAAAAAGACAAAACACCUGCAACUGAACUGAUGCGGCAGUCGACAGGGGUAUUUUGCAGAACGCCGAACUGGCGGCCGCCAAAGACCAGAUGACUCAGUUUAGUGAUAAGGGAUAGAGAACCAAGUUCCAGUACAGUUUGCCCUGUAUAAUGACAGGAAAUUGAUUUACUUAGUUUCCUAACCCUAAUUUUAACUUUAGAGUCGGCACCGUUCUACGUACAACAUGACGGUCUGACAGAUAGAGCAGCACUGAAAUAGUACUGAUAGUAAAGAACUGAACAUCAAACUGCAUUCUCGAGACUGAAUUUCGUUGGAUCUCAACUUUAGUUAUUUAGCAAACGUAGGGUAGUAAAAUUGCCAUCAAGUAUUUUAAAAACCCAUUCGAAAAUAUUCCUUGUUUGUUUUGACCGUAAAACUGUUGAGAUUAAAUCAUAAGUUUUUUUUCCUCCAGAGGACCUUAAACACAUAAUAACUACCAAACAGAACUUUUAAAUACAUACAAUAUUAUCGUUCGAGCCCGAAAAGAUGCUUCAAACAAAAGAAAAUUUAUAUAUAUUGGUACGUGCGAAAGAUUAGAAGAUGACUGUAUUCAAUUUGCUCGUGACAAGAAAGAAAAACUAGAAAUUUGCUUUUUUGAACUUUUAGUUCAGUCAUCGGAAGCAUAUGAUACGAGUGUUUUUUUUUUUUGUUUUUUUUUUACUCGCUUAUAAAACAAACAGCUGCAAAUCUUUUAGUACAGGAGACGAAAUCUGAACCGUAUUGAAACUAGUAAGACUGUUUUAUUAGCCAAGCCUAUACUAGAUUACUUAGUAAGAAUAAGUGCUCACGGUGCCAACUCGAUGGUGUGCUAGAUAUUUGAGUGCACAUGAGACUUAAACCCCUGACCUAACCUCGUUUCUCUACCUUCGAAAGUAAUUUUCAAUGUCGCAGCUAGUGCUUUUGAAGGUACAGAUAAGAUCUGUGGACUUUUCCGUGGAGAUGGUUGAUGGACGACACUACUAUCACGUAAUUAGAUUUGGGCACAAUAGGCUCCUUUAAUUUCUGAAAGGAAAAUUGAUAAUAAAUGUUCAGUUCCAUAUCCGCCGGACAAUCAUUAAUGCGACUGGUUUACGUGGACCAUCUUGAUCGGUACAUUUUUUAACAACCAUGUCUGAUAUCAUGAUCUAAUAACUCCAAGUUGGUCAGUCCAUGGAAUUACUUAGCUGCAAGAGGAAAUAGGACUAACAAAGCCAACGUUUCUGCACUAGUGAGCCUUAUGGACGUAUUUACUUUAGCAAGAAAACAAGGUGGUCUUGACCAGAGUACUGUGGAGUUUUCCGCAACAAAGCUUACGUGAUCUUAACUUUUAAUCUAGCACCCAGUGAAAUGAUAAUUAGGAUCGUAUAUUGACUCUAAAAAAUUGAUCCCCAGCGCUGCGGUGUGAAAACCAUCCCCAACGUUUCGUGAAGAUGCACGUGCCGAUAUUUGUGAAAUAACAUCACAGCGCGCUCGCGACCGCCGAGUGAAAUGAGGGACGAUCAUGAUCGGCUUUCUAAUGGUACCACGAACUUUUUUUUAUUUUUGUAUGAAUGGUUUGAUGCGCACGUCAUUCGUUGAAAUUGACACAUUGAACUCUUUUAAACUUUCUGUUGUCAAACAUUUUCGUCUUUUCACAAAUGAGCAAUCAGGGGCACCCAACGAGAGUAUAGUUCAAAACCACUUAAACAUAGCAUUGUUAAACGUAUUUUAGUAUUUAAACGGUAGAUAUAGGCAUAUUUUUAUCCCCUAAAAAUUUUUCAUCUGUUCGGAUUUCCUAGCUGAAAGUCUAGUGAUCUGAAAAUUAUAGGGAUUAAAACUUACCUUUUGGAAAAUUUCAGCCAGAAAAGAGGCCCCCGAAAAUUCUAGGCAAUUAUGCCAUUUUUUAGAUGUUCGAAAAUCCUAGGAGAGGCAGGCAAGCAAGAAAUUUUACAACAAAUGUUUCGAAAAUUCUAGAUCUCAAAUCGUCUUCCGAACAGAUAUUCUUCCGAAAAUUGUCUUUGGGUGCCCCUGAGAAAUGAACAUGACCCUUGGAGAAACAAAAUUGACGAAUGCCCUCGGAAUGCUCAGAACUAUAUCUGAAUGUUAUAAAAAUUAUGAAACAAACUAAAAUGGAUCCGUUCCGUUUAAGGUCGGGCUACCCAGUGUGAGCUGACCAACAGCCACCAGUAAAUAUGCAGCUAUUGCACUUGAAAAUCUUAACCAACUUGUCUCGCAAUUAAUUCUUCAGUUGCUAAAUUCAGACUUGUAACCAGUUGUUGUGUCUUGUAUAAUUUGGAGAUCCGCCGGGAAAAGGAAGGAGGGAGAGGGGAAAUAACCACAACCUACUUUUGAUUAACUUGGAAAAAGGAAAAGCAUUUUCAGACAAGUUGUUAAUGAGGAGUAGUGUGGAAUGUUGCAAGGCAUAUUCAUCUCAGGGAGUGUUGCACAAGGCAAUCAGUUUGUAAGCAAUUUCUAUUGCAACAAAAUUGCAAUAAAUUUAUAGAAGUCGCCAGAAAAAUUGCCUACUACCUGAAUCAUAACUCCGAUAAUUAUCAUACUAGUAAUGAAUGACUAUGCGAGCAGGGACUGAAAUGUUUCUCUGAAGAUGUUUCUCGGUGCUCCAUUUUUUGAUAUAUUUAAGGACUCAACAGAAAUGGCUGAAAAUUAUGUAGGGUUUGAAAGAAAUCCGAUAAUCAAUUGCUUAUUGGAGCAGUUAACAGGAAAAAUAAUACUUAAAAAAGCUACCCGACGUUUCGAUGUUUAACUAGGACAUCAUUAUCAAGAGUGAUAAAUGAUAAGUUUCAAAGUUAUUUGAAACUUAUCAUUUCUCCCUCUUGAUAGUGAUGUUUGAAACAAUUAGCUUAAUGGUCUUUUUUGACCAUUAAGAAACAUGUGUGAUACUGCAGUUUUUAGUGAUGUCAGCAUUUACCACCAUUGUAGCAUUAUUUUCAUAACGGAUACAGUUUUGACAACCGUUGACGACAUCCAUUGUCUUGUGGUGACAACCAAUGGUGGCUAAGCAAUCAAUAAAAAUCCGGAGUGAAAAAACUAAUUAUUCAUUCUACCGACUCGGUGUGUGGGGAACAGAACAGGCCCAAAUUAUAUCCAAACUAACCCUUCACAAAGACGAAGACGCAAAAAAAAAAUUGAUAACAGUCCAGGGAAAAUUGACGCUACUGACUGCGGUUGAGGCGAGGUGCAUUUUGCAUAGAUUUAAAAUUAGGUACGUGUUUUUAAAACUUUGAAGUACUUUAUCGAUAUAGCUACAAUGUAGAUCUUAAACUCCAUUAUUAUCAGUCUUGUAAAGAUGUUGUUGAGUGUGGUUUAGCUGCUUCAAGUAUUGAAAUUUGAUAAACUGGUCUUUUAGGAAAUGGUUUAUUUAAUCGUUAUUAGUACAGUGAAAUGAAGUUAACGUGUUUACAAUCGCCUGUGAUUGCGUGCUGCUCUACAGUUCCGCAUUAAAUUCAUGCUAAUUACAAUAUCUGAUAUUACUUUAAGUAUUUAAUUCAUAUUAUUAUUUCAACAUUUUCCGUUUUCCCAUGAGAAGUAAAAUAAUAAAAUAUUCUUAUUAAGAGGGCGCAAAUCUAAACUCUUCGCUUUAAGAAAGUGAUUUCCAAGCAGUGUUUUUCGUCAUAUGAACGCAAAUCUCCAUAUUUAUGUACACAAAUACAAAACAUAGUUUUAUUUUUAUUAUCUGUCGCUAAAAUGUCGUCAUUUGUGUCCAUUUUAACCCAUGUACUAUUACCCAUAAAGCCCUUUACGCAGACGAAAUUGUUUUCGAGGUCUGAACUAUUUAAUACGUUUCUCUUUAGCUUAUAAUUUAAACUUAUUAAAAUGCGUCCAAGAAGAAGAUAGGGAUUUUAAAGUUGUAAUUGCUUCAAUAACGAAUACAGAAAAAAAUGGCGUGACCAAUUACGUGUGACUUAACAUGAUUGUCACCCAAUUAUCACCUUUGACGCUGUAUUCCUUUUCUUCCUGGUUUGUUAAGUAUUUAUAACAUCGCCGAUAUUCCUACUUGUCCAGUAUAAUUCUUUUUCGAGACACAUAAAAGCGUCACAUGUAGGUCUGAUAGAAAAAUUUAUAGACAAUGUUCGAAACGAAACGCUCUGCCGUUAGGAAUCUUGAUAUAAUUAAUACAUCUCCGCCAGAUCAAGUGAUGUUGUACGUGUUUAAAGUUAAUAAAAGAAACUUUGGAGUUCAAAGCUAAUUACUAGACCUUUACAGUUUGUAUGUUUUCCCAUUUUACAGCACCUGAUGUUACCCCCAGAGAACUGUUUCAUUCUAAUGUCGUCUUAUCUACGUGCAUAGACGUAUGAAUAAUUUACGAAAAUUCGCUUGAGAGCAUCACGUGGUCUGAACUGAAAACAAACAACAUACAAGCCGAAAAGGUCUAUAAUUCCAGUUUGUUAUUAUUUUUCAGGUUUCAUUUUUUUUUUUUUUUGACAACUUUAUUUCAUUGGGGUCAGUCAGAAAAAAAAAACCUGGUAAGAAAAGAUAAAUAAAAAACGUUGAUAAGAACGUUUUCAAUACUCGGCUUUUCGUGAACUCACUUUAAAGACCACGUCUUCAUGCGCAUAUAAAUAACUAACAGGGCAAUUUUAGCGUUUGAGGUACUGACACGGAUGUUUUUCUUUGUGGUCCUUUGCGUAGUAGGGCUGGGAAGUAAUAAGUUGGGCCCAAAAUGAAGGGAGGAAAGAGUUCAAGCCCGUAGUCAGAACUGUUCCUUGCAUAAAAGGGUCAAGUUUUCAAGCUGCAUAUGUACAAAAUGGCACUGUAUUUUCAGCUGGCACAUACCAACACCCGAACAACAACACCUAGCAAAUAUCAAAUACUGAAGAAAAGCAAAAAAAAAAAAAGAGAAAAAUGCUGAGCUUUUUAUUGUGUUUUUUAUAAAGCACACAAAUAUGGAAUAGAGCAGUGUCCAGUGCUGUCGUUUUUAUGUCCUAUUCCAUUCAGAAGUUUUUCUUUAAUUACGACUUUGUCACAAAUGCGUUGUAAUGAUAUUGAGUUUGAGGUAGUUUUUAUCGAUCCAAACGUGCGCCCUUAUCUCCUGAUCAGGAAGAUGGUUAAAAUAGCCUUGUCUCUGGCCUUUUCUCCGCUCAGUCACGUACCAGACAAGUUUCAUUCAUGCUUUGAUUAAGUCAAGUGCUGAUUUCAGUACAGAAAAAUUUGCUCGCGACGGAAGCAUUAUGACUUAGUUAUUUGAAAGACAAGUAUUCUUUCAUUAGAGUGUAUAUAAAUGAAAAAGAAUUUUCAUUCAGUAUUGACAUUAAGGCUCCAAUAUUUUCAAACGGCUUACUAAAGCAUCAAACCAGUAAGAAUUCCAGUGUUUGUAAAAAGCUGAUCAGAAAGAGUAUGCGAUUUUUUGUAGAUUACUUCAUCACGACGAAACCAGGAAAAAAAAAAGGAAUUUGUGGAUACAGUUAUGCCUUCAUCCGUGAAUGCAUGAAACAAACACUCAACAAAGAAUGAAACGCAUGCAUGCCUCCAGCAAGAGGCGGUCAUAUCGCUUUGUUAUUUUGCAUUUAUUUGUCAGCCACGAUCAGAGAAGGCCAAGUGAUAAUUGCGCUUGAACGGCUUUUACUUUUACUCUGUGUUAAAAUCUAUAACAGAAUGUUUCACGCCAGUGCGAGAUAGAGGAAUUGAAAGAGGUUAGUAGUAUUUACGUAGCUUAGUCAGAUUCAUGCCAUUCAAAUAUUUGGGGAAUUGUAAUGGUAACACGAAUGAUCGGAUAAUUUUCUAUUGUAUCGACACUUGUUAACAGUAGUUGUUAUAAUGGGCAGCAGACGUAUCCUACAUUUUGUUCAAAUAAGAAAAGUUGUAAAUGUCUUGUAGACCGUGUGGUAUCUGACACGUCACGAGAAAGACCUCAAGAAAGGAACAAAAUUUUUUCGCUACGAGUUACCGCUCCUGCGUAUUUCCUAAAUGGUAAUUCGUUUCUGCUGCAAAUAUAGUGUUCUCAUAAUGCAGAUUACACUGAUUGAAGACUAGCGAAAUGCAUAUUGGCCAAAUACUAUUAUUCAUAUAAUAGCAGUGAGAAGUUUUCGCGUUGGUAGUAAAAAUUGGACACAAAAAAUUGCCGUCAACAAUGUAAACGGUCUUCUUGAAUAAAACCAGUGGUCUCUUGAUUCAGAUACUAGCCAAUAUUGCUCUUUUAUAUUAUUUUACGCAUUUAUUCAGUUUAUAGUUUUUAUCCCGGAAUGCACAGAUUUCAAAAAAUCGUCAGAUCAACACCUUAGCUCGACUAUCAUUGUCAUUCUUUACGAUGACUAGAUUCAUUCAAGCAUUUCAUCAGGUAAACUACGCAUCGCCUUUGAAAUCAAAGAGAAAGAGUUUGGGGGGUAUAAAAACAAAGGAUUGAACUUUUUGUGUUAACAAAAGUAAGACCAGACUGGUGAACUACGUUUUUUACCUGCUUCACUUUUGUUCAUUUAUUUUUUCUUGUUCUCUUUAAAUUUUUUUUACAUAUUUAUGUAUUUGUUUACUUAUUCAUUCAUUCAUUCAACAUUCCUUUAUUCACAUAUUGCGACUUGUUGUUGCAGUACUUUGAUGGUAAAGUUUGGAUUAAUGUUGGAAAAGUUCAGCGUUAAUCCGGGAGAUAUUCAUUAAAUAUUUCUUGAUAUGAUGUUUGUUUUGUCAUUAACUAUUAAUCAGUUGUACAAAUUAAGCCAAAAGUAAUGCCAAAUACAACAGCUGUAACAAGUUACUAUGAUGUUUUCAAAUUAUGACUGAAGAUCGCUGCUGUUUAAAGUUCUUUCAAAUUCGGUGGCGUUUACUGAUAUAAAGCAACCGGUGAACUUUUUCUUUAUUUUCAAGUUCUUGUUCAUUGAGAUUUUCUUGUAUUGAUUGAAUUUCAGAUCAUGGUGUUAGAGGAGCCCUGGUUCAUUGGCCUCGUUGCAGGAUUAGCAGCGUUAAUUGUGGUUCAUUUCCGUGGAGAUGGUUGAUGGACGACACUACUAUCACGUAAUUAGAUUUGGGCACAAUAGGCUCCUUUAAUUUCUGAAAGGAAAAUUGAUAAUAAAUGUUCAGUUCCAUAUCCGCCGGACAAUCAUUAAUGCGACUGGUUUACGUGGGCCAUCUUGAUCGGUACAUUUUUUAACAACCAUGUCUGAUAUCAUGAUCUAAUAACUCCAAGUUGGUCAGUCCAUGGAAUUACUUAGCUGCAAGAGGAAAUAGGACUAACAAAGCCAACGUUUCUGCACUAGUGAGCCUUAUGGACGUAUUUACUUUAGCAAGAAAACAAGGUGGUCUUGACCAGAGUACUGUGGAGUUUUCCGAUGGUCAUACAACUCGCAACAAAGCUUACGUGAUCUUAACUUUUAAUCUAGCACCCAGUGAAAUGAUAAUUAGGAUCGUAUAUUGACUCUAAAAAAUUGAUCCCCAGCGCUGCGGUGUGAAAACCAUUCCCAACGUUUCGUGAAGAUGCACGUGCCGAUAUUUGUGAAAUAACAUCACAGCGCGCUCGCGACCGCCGAGUGAAAUGAGGGACGAUCAUGAUCGGCUUUCUAAUGGUACCACGAACUUUUUUUUAUUUUUGUAUGAAUGGUUUGAUGCGCACGUCAUUCGUUGAAAUUGACACAUUGAACUCUUUUAAACUUUCUGUUGUCAAACAUUUUCGUCUUUUCACAAAUGAGCAAUCAGGGGCACCCAACGAGAGUAUAGUUCAAAACCACUUAAACAUAGCAUUCUUAAACGUAUUUUAGUAUUUAAACGGUAGAUAUAGGCAUAUUUUUAUCCCCUAAAAAUUUUUCAUCUGUUCGGAUUUCCUAGCUGAAAGUCUAGUGAUCUGAAAAUUAUAGGGAUUAAAACUUACCUUUUCGAAAAUUUCAGCCAGAAAAGAGGCCCCCGAAAAUUCUAGGCAAUUAUGCCAUUUUUUAGAUGUUCGAAAAUCCUAGGAGAGGCAGGCAAGCAAGAAAUUUUACAACAAAUGUUUCGAAAAUUCUAGAUCUCAAAUCGUCUUCCGAACAGAUAUUCUUCCGAAAAUUGUCUUUGGGUGCCCCUGAGAAAUGAACAUGACCCUUGGAGAAACAAAAUUGACGAAUGCCCUCGGAAUGCUCAGAACUAUAUCUGAAUGUUAUAAAAAUUAUGAAACAAACUAAAAUGGAUCCGUUCCGUUUAAGGUCGGGCUACCCAGUGUGAGCUGACCAACAGCCACCAGUAAAUAUGCAGCUAUUGCACUUGAAAAUCUUAACCAACUUGUCUCGCAAUUAAUUCUUCAGUUGCUAAAUUCAGACUUGUAACCAGUUGUUGUGUCUUGUAUAAUUUGGAGAUCCGCCGGGAAAAGGAAGGAGGGAGAGGGGAAAUAACCACAACCUACUUUUGAUUAACUUGGAAAAAGGAAAAGCAUUUUCAGACAAGUUGUUAAUGAGGAGUAGUGUGGAAUGUUGCAAGGCAUAUUCAUCUCAGGGAGUGUUGCACAAGGCAAUCAGUUUGUAAGCAAUUUCUAUUGCAACAAAAUUGCAAUAAAUUUAUAGAAGUCGCCAGAAAAAUUGCCUACUACCUGAAUCAUAACUCCGAUAAUUAUCAUACUAGUAAUGAAUGACUAUGCGAGCAGGGACUGAAAUGUUUCUCUGAAGAUGUUUCUCGGUGCUCCAUUUUUUGAUAUAUUUAAGGACUCAACAGAAAUGGCUGAAAAUUAUGUAGGGUUUGAAAGAAAUCCGAUAAUCAAUUGCUUAUUGGAGCAGUUAACAGGAAAAAUAAUACUUAAAAAAGCUACCCGACGUUUCGAUGUUUAACUAGGACAUCAUUAUCAAGAGUGAUAAAUGAUAAGUUUCAAAGUUAUUUGAAACUUAUCAUUUCUCCCUCUUGAUAGUGAUGUUUGAAACAAUUAGCUUAAUGGUCUUUUUUGACCAUUGAGAAACAUGUGUGAUACUGCAGUUUUUAGUGAUGUCAGCAUUUACCACCAUUGUAGCAUUAUUUUCAUAACGGAUACAGUUUUAACAACCGUUGACGACAUCCAUUGUCUUGUGGAGACAACCAAUGGUGGCUAAGCAAUCAAUAAAAAUCCGGAGUGAAAAAACUAAUUAUUCAUUCUACCGACUCGGUGUAUGGGGAACAGAACAGGCCCAAAUUAUAUCCAAACUAACCCUUCACAAAGACGGAGACGCAAAAAAAAAUUGAUAACAGUCCAGGGAAAAUUAACACUACUGACUGCGGUUGAGGCGAGGUGCAUUUUGCAUAGAUUUAAAAUUAGGUACGUGUUUUUAAAACUUUGAAGUACUUUAUCGAUAUAGCUACAAUGUAGAUCUUAAACUCCAUUAUUAUCAGUCUUGUAAAGAUGUUGUUGAGUGUGGUUUAGCUGCUUCAAGUAUUGAAAUUUGAUAAACUGAUCUUUUAGGAAAUGGUUUAUUUAAUCGUUAUUAGUACAGUGAAAUGAAGUUAACGUGUUUACAAUCGCCUGUGAUUGCGUGCUGCUCUACAGUUCCGCAUUAAAUUCAUGCUAAUUACAAUAUCUGAUAUUACUUUAAGUAUUUAAUUCAUAUUAUUAUUUCAACAUUUUCCGUUUUCCCAUGAGAAGUAAAAUAAUAAAAUAUUCUUAUUAAGAGGGCGCAAAUCUAAACUCUUCGCUUUAAGAAAGUGAUUUCCAAGCAGUGUUUUUCGUCAUAUGAACGCAAAUCUCCAUAUUUAUGUACACAAAUACAAAACAUAGUUUUAUUUUUAUUAUCUGUCGCUAAAAUGUCGUCAUUUGUGUCCAUUUUAACCCAUGUACUAUUACCCAUAAAGCCCUUUACGCAGACGAAAUUGUUUUCGAGGUCUGAACUAUUUAAUACGUUUCUCUUUAGCUUAUAAUUUAAACUUAUUAAAAUGCGUCCAAGAAGAAGAUAGGGAUUUUAAAGUUGUAAUUGCUUCAAUAACGAAUACAGAAAAAAAUGGCGUGACCAAUUACGUGUGACUUAACAUGAUUGUCACCCAAUUAUCACCUUUGACGCUGUAUUCCUUUUCUUCCUGGUUUGUUAAGUAUUUAUAACAUCGCCGAUAUUCCUACUUGUCCAGUAUAAUUCUUUUUCGAGACACAUAAAAGCGUCACAUGUAGGUCUGAUAGAAAAAUUUAUAGACAAUGUUCGAAACGAAACGCUCUGCCGUUAGGAAUCUUGAUAUAAUUAAUACAUCUCCGCCAGAUCAAGUGAUGUUGUACGUGUUUAAAGUUAAUAAAAGAAACUUUGGAGUUCAAAGCUAAUUACUAGACCUUUACAGUUUGUAUGUUUUCCCAUUUUACAGCACCUGAUGUUACCCCCAGAGAACUGUUUCAUUCUAAUGUCGUCUUAUCUACGUGCAUAGACGUAUGAAUAAUUUACGAAAAUUCGCUUGAGAGCAUCACGUGGUCUGAACUGAAAACAAACAACAUACAAGCCGAAAAGGUCUAUAAUUCCAGUUUGUUAUUAUUUUUCAGGUUUCAUUUUUUUUUUUUUUUGACAACUUUAUUUCAUUGGGGUCAGUCAGAAAAAAAAAACCUGGUAAGAAAAGAUAAAUAAAAAACGUUGAUAAGAACGUUUUCAAUACUCGGCUUUUCGUGAACUCACUUUAAAGACCACGUCUUCAUGCGCAUAUAAAUAACUAACAGGGCAAUUUUAGCGUUUGAGGUACUGACACGGAUGUUUUUCUUUGUGGUCCUUUGCGUAGUAGGGCUGGGAAGUAAUAAGUUGGGCCCAAAAUGAAGGGAGGAAAGAGUUCAAGCCCGUAGUCAGAACUGUUCCUUGCAUAAAAGGGUCAAGUUUUCAAGCUGCAUAUGUACAAAAUGGCACUGUAUUUUCAGCUGGCACAUACCAACACCCGAACAACAACACCUAGCAAAUAUCAAAUACUGAAGAAAAGCAAAAAAAAAAAAAGAGAAAAAUGCUGAGCUUUUUAUUGUGUUUUUUAUAAAGCACACAAAUAUGGAAUAGAGCAGUGUCCAGUGCUGUCGUUUUUAUGUCCUAUUCCAUUCAGAAGUUUUUCUUUAAUUACGACUUUGUCACAAAUGCGUUGUAAUGAUAUUGAGUUUGAGGUAGUUUUUAUCGAUCCAAACGUGCGCCCUUAUCUCCUGAUCAGGAAGAUGGUUAAAAUAGCCUUGUCUCUGGCCUUUUCUCCGCUCAGUCACGUACCAGACAAGUUUCAUUCAUGCUUUGAUUAAGUCAAGUGCUGAUUUCAGUACAGAAAAAUUUGCUCGCGACGGAAGCAUUAUGACUUAGUUAUUUGAAAGACAAGUAUUCUUUCAUUAGAGUGUAUAUAAAUGAAAAAGAAUUUUCAUUCAGUAUUGACAUUAAGGCUCCAAUAUUUUCAAACGGCUUACUAAAGCAUCAAACCAGUAAGAAUUCCAGUGUUUGUAAAAAGCUGAUCAGAAAGAGUAUGCGAUUUUUUGUAGAUUACUUCAUCACGACGAAACCAGGAAAAAAAAAAGGAAUUUGUGGAUACAGUUAUGCCUUCAUCCGUGAAUGCAUGAAACAAACACUCAACAAAGAAUGAAACGCAUGCAUGCCUCCAGCAAGAGGCGGUCAUAUCGCUUUGUUAUUUUGCAUUUAUUUGUCAGCCACGAUCAGAGAAGGCCAAGUGAUAAUUGCGCUUGAACGACUUUUACUUUUACUCUUUGUUAACAUCUAUAACAGAAUGUUUCACGCCAGUGCGCGAUAGAGGAAUUGAAAGAGGUUAGUGGUAUUCACGUAGCCUAGUCAGAUUCACGCCAUUCAUAUAUUUAGGGAUUGUAAUGGUAACACGAAUGAUCGGAUAAUUUUCUAUGGUAUCGACACUUGUUAACAGUAGUUGUUAUAAUGGGCAGCAGACGUACCCUACAUUUUGUUCAAAUAAGAAAAGUUGUGAAUGUCUUGUAGACCGUGUGGUAUCUGACACAUCACGAGAAACACCUCAAGAAAGGAACAAAAUUUUUUCGCUACGAGUUACCGCUCCUGCGUAUUUGCUAAAUGGUAAUUCGUUUCUGCUGCAAAUAUAGUGUUCUAAUAAUGCAGAUUACACUGAUUGAAGACUAGCGAAAUGCAUAUUGGCCAAAUACUAUUAUUCAUAUAAUAGCAGUGAGACGUUUUCGCGUUGGUAGUAAAAAUGGGACACAAAAAUUGCCGUCAACAAUGUAAACGGCCUUCUUGAAUAAAACCAGUGGUCUCUUGAUUCAGAAACUAGCUAAUAUUGUUCUUUUAUAUUAUUUUACGCAUUUUAUUCAGUUUAUAGUUUUUAUCCCGGAAUGCACAGAUUUCAAAAAAUCGUUAGAUCAACGCCUUAGCUCGACUAUUAUUAUCAUUCUUUACGAUGAAUAGCUUCAUUCAAGCAUUUCAUCGGGUAAACUACGCAUCGCCUUUGAAAUCAAAGAGAAAGAGUUUGGGGGGUAUAAAAACAAAGGAUUGAACUUUUUAUGUUAAUAAAAGUAAGACCAGCCUGGUGAACUACGUUUUUUACCUGCUUUACUUUUGUUCAUUUAUUUUUUCUUGUUCUCUUUACAAAUAUUUUACAUAUUUAAGUAUUUGUUUACUUAUUCAUUCAUUCAUUCAACAUUCCUUUAUUCACAUAUUGCGACUUGUUGUUGCAGUACUUUGAUGGUAAAGUUUGGAUUAAAGUUAGAAAAGUUCAACGUUAAUGUUGAUGAUUCUGUAUCCAACUGACAGAUAUCCGGGAGAUAUUCAUUAAAUAUUUCUUGAUAUGAUGUUUGUUUUGUCAUUAACUGUUAAUCAGUUGUACAAAUUAAGCCAAAAGUAAUGCCAAAUACAACAGCUUUAACAAGUUACUAUGAUGUUUUCAAAUUAUGACUGAAGAUCGCUGCUGUUUAAAGUUCUUUCAAAUUCUGUGGCGUUUACUGAUAUAAGGCAUACUGAUGAACUUUUUCUUUAUUUUCAAGUUCUUGUUCAUUGAGAUUUUCUUGUAUUGAUUGAAUUUCAGAUCAUGGUGUUAGAGGAGCCCUGGUUCAUUGGCCUCGUUGCAGGAUUAGCAGCGUUAAUUGUGGUUCUUAUAUGUAUCCUAGUGAUAUUUUGCACUUUGUGGGCCAGGUAUUUAAGACAUUAUAUUUAUUUACACUUGUUCGUUUUAACCCCGUGUUGGGUUUAUUUCAAAUAGUAUUCAUCACUGUUGUAUUUCUUGAACGUGACAAUCCAUGUUCCUAGUGGUUCUAUGCCACUAAUCCUGUUAAUGGUGUUAGGGUUAAGUCAUAUGACUGUUGGACCCUGUGUGUCCAGCAAGGAUCUUGAUCAAAGCGUGUGGUAACCAGUGCUCUACGCGUGCUCUGAAACGGCAAUGGUAUUCCAGUCCCGCAAAGUUAAUGAAACCUUGCACUCAAAGAGAAUUCUGUUAAUCAACGCAAUUUGUCAGGAGAAGAUUCGUACGACAUCGAACCACCAAGGGAACAAGUCAUCGAAACAGCGAAGAUCGAAAUGACAAAUUAGCAGUGCAUAGUGUUUUGCAUGGUGAUGCGCAACCCGUGACGUCAUUAGCUGAUGACGAUAAGCAGCAAGCAGGCGAUGAUCACAAGUGACUUAGACUCUUCCCAGCCGCUCGCGCCGGAGUCACGCAAUGCUCCCCGGCCCGAGAGGCUGCGAAGGAGACUACAAGCGACUACAUCGCAAGACAAAUUCUAAGUUACGCUGCUUCUAGAAAGCAACGAAGACAAAAACGUAAUGCUGACAAAGGAUAUAGUGAAAACAAACUUACUAGACUAAAGAUAAACGAGUAUAGCGUAACUAGAUACUAGCUGAAAUGACAGUUUUCUUAGUGCUAUUCGAUUUGAGGGGAAAUGGUUCGUUUAAUUUUCUCAUUUCUUGCAUUACUCUAGGAAAGAUCGUAUGAGGAAACGCGAGGAACGAUUGCAAAGGCGUAUGGCAACUUUGGACCGCAGUCAGGUCUUGGUGGGAGUGGAACCUUCAAGCACUAUGUCAAGUAGUUCCGCGCACACAAAUCCCAAUUGGUAUUUAGUAGAGAAAUCACAAGAGGAAUCAGUACGCUCCUCACCGGGUACGUUAACAAGAGUAACUGGUAACGAGCCCUUCGUUGUUGGGAGGUCGUUAGCUAGGUAUUCCAAAGAACUUGACAACUCAAGACCCUCUUCUGCAAACAGAUAUGGCAGGUCUCAAAGUUCUUCAGAAUUCGAGUGGCGGCGAGGAAGUUUGCCACUCCAACCCACCAGAAUCGAAGGAUCGAAUUCAGCUGAGGAAAGAAUGGCGAGAUUAGGAAUGAUUCCACCUCGAUCUCACGAUGCUGCUGGACACUUUCCUAUGGGAUAUAUGACCGCUCCUCAUCCCAGGAAAAACGUACCAAUGAAGUAUGUCCCAAGGAGAUCCGACGGUGAUGUAUUGAUACCUGUCAAGGAAGUAGAGUUGUGGGAUUCAUCAAGUCCACCUCCAUUUCCAAUCCCCAAAGAAGACUACAAUACUGAGGGAGUCACUUGGUAUCGUUCGAAAUCCCUGGAUGGUGACAACCUGAUAAGUUCAUCAGUUUCUUAUAGUUACCCAAUAAAUGGUCCGCAAGCCCAUCAGUCUCAAAACGGAAGGGUUGUAUCAAAUUCUAAUCUUUUUCCUGGUGCUGCGAAUGCGGUGCAAGAAUAUCACCCUGCUCAGGAACCGGAGAAAUUAAAACGAAUUCAACGUGUUGGAGUACCAACUUUGCCCGAAUAA